ACUGAACGGCCCAUCUAUCCCAGCGUCUUCCUUUUAAAGACGGGGAAACUGAGGCCCAGUGAGCGGAGCUGGGGUGGCUCAAGGAGCACCGAACGCCUGGGCCGGGGCGCCUUGGCGGAAACAGAAGUAGGAUCCGCCUCCCGCCUCUCCCGGGCCGAUGUGCCCUCGGGAUACUGUAGGGUGUCUCAGCACAGGAGGGGGCCCUCUGAGCCAGGAGCCCGCAGCAGGAGGAGACUUGGGGUUCCCCGCUGAGGCGCGCAGAGUUGGGGGACGAGGCCGGAGCUGGGGAGAACUUCCUUCAUGCAGCUGAGGAGACCCGGAGCCAGACCCGGCGCCAGCCUCGCCCCGGAGCAGGGGAGGGGCGCGAGAGUGACGCGUGCUGAUGACGGAGCGCCGUGGCGCCCCUGGCAACGGCGGUCCCCAGGGAGCGUCGCGUGCUGAUGACGCACAGGCCCUAGCGACGGCUGUCCCCAGGGAGCGGCGCCUGCUGAUGACGCGAGGCCCUAGCGACAGCGGUCCCCAGGGAGCGGCCGCGCUGCGAAGCAGCAUGGACGCGACCACCGCCCCUCACCGCAUUCCCCCGCAAAUGCCCCAGUAUGGGGAGGCGAACCACAUCUUCGAGUUGAUGCAGAACAUGCUGGAGCAGCUCCUGAUCCACCAGCCCAAGGACCCCAUCCCGUUCAUGAUUGAUCAUUUGCAACGAGACAACGAUUAUGUGCCGAAGAUUGUACUAUUAGGCCCACCUGCCUCGGGGAAAACAACCAUAGCUAUGUGGCUUGCCAAACAUCUGAGCACCAAUCUUCUCAGCGUGGAGAGCUUGAUAGCAAAGGAGUAUUCCCCUCUGGCGGCAGACGCCAGGAUGCAUUAUCAGAAGUUCAAGAUGGUACCCACCAUGCUGCUCAUCAGACUGAUGCAGGAGCGCCUGAAGGAAGAGGACUGCAUCAGGAGGAUUCUUUUCUCCUAUGGGUUAUCACAGAGUAUUGAGCAGAGUUCCCUGUGCUACACAGGCUGGAUUCUGGACGGCAUCCCUGAGACGCGGGAGCAGGCUCUGACGAUCCAGACCCUUGGCAUCUCCCCGAGACACGUCAUCGUGCUGAGUGCUCCAGACACCGUCCUGAUUGAGAGAAACUUGGGGAAGAGGAUUGACCCUCAGACUGGAGAGAUCUAUCACACCACCUUCGACUGGCCCCCGGAGUCGGAAAUCCAGAAUCGACUGAUGGUGCCUGCAGGCAUCUUCGAGGGGGAGACGGCGCGGAAGCUGCUCGAGUAUCACAGGAACAUCGUCAGGAUCCUCCCCUCGUACCCCAAGAUCCUGAAGGUCAUCAGCGCCGACCAGCCCUGUGUGGACGUCUUCUACCAGGCUCUGACCUACGUCCAAACCAGCCAUCGAUCCAAUGCCCCGUUCACCCCAAGGGUGCUGCUUUGCGGGCCUGUGGGCAGUGGGAAAAGCCUGCAGGCCGCCCUCCUGGCCCAGAAAUACGGCCUCAUCAACGUCUGCUGUGGGCAACUGCUCAAAGAAGCCGUGGCGGACAAGUCCAAAUACGGCGAUUUGAUCCAGCCAUUUUUCGAGAAGGAGAUAGCAGGCACUUACUAUGAAGAAGGCCGACCCAGAAGGAGGAGGGGGCCGUGGAGACAGUCAGUGCACGCGUUGGCUGGACACCCUCACUGCCCAGUGCUCCUUCCUCCUCCUGCGGCUUCUGAACAGGCUGCUCACUCCUGAUCCCCGCUCUGAGGGCCCGCCUGGGGAGGACGACUUGGCCUGGCUCUCCCCAGGCCCUCCUUAAGGUGUCCUGGACCCCGUGGUGAAGUUCCAGUGAGGCAGGCAGAAAGGGAUCCCCCGGGCGCGGCGAUCAGAGGAGGGAGACACGAUGAUCUGGGCGGGCGAGUCUGUGCGUGUCACCGGCUGGUGAACAGGGUCAGCCAGUGCGAGCUCUGGUGCUUCCCCGUCUGGUUCAGAUCCCGGGGUGCCCGCCCUGCCCUGCAGCAGCCACGAGGCCCGGGCGUCUCCGUGGAGAGGUGGGGACAGAAACCCCGGGUGCCGGGUUCACAUGAGCGUGGGGUGGGAUGUUCACAUGUGCACGGGCCGUGGGGGCAGCCAGCAGGGACAGAGGCCCGACGCCUGCUCAAGCCCACUCACCCUCCAGUGAGCCCAGCUUCCCCGUUGUUGAGACGGGGGACGGGGGUGAUUGGCCCUCUGGAAAACAUCUGUUGCUCUAAUGAGUGAAUAAGAUAACAAGUUAAUAGAUUUAUGUCAUUUUAAAUGUUGCUGCAUAGUAUUCCAUCCCACGGACUGGGUGGGUAAUUUGUAUAAUUCUCCCUGACAAAGCAUUUCGUGGUUCAGAAAGAAAGACAGUGACCAACCAGAUGAGGCAGUGUUGAUGGGGUAAACCUCAGGCAAAGGGAGGCGGAAAUUCCUUGUCUCUUCUUGGAAAUGUUCUGUACCUUUGAGUUUUUUUAUUAAACUAAAAAGUUGUGAAAAGUAAAUAUUUAGGUGGUUUUCAGAUUUGCAUGCCUUUCAGUGAUCCUGUAAGGCACCCUCCUGGGGUUUGCAGACACUUCUGAUUAGGUCAGAGGGAACCUAUGCCCGGGAGGCCCGUGGCACUGAACUAAGGUGCCCUCCCGCCCCUGGGCACCAGACGCUCGAGUCCUCCGUGGCUUUGCAUCUCGGGAUAUUGCCUAGUUAUUUGUUUUCUAUCACGGCUGAAACAAACUCAGCGGUUUGGAACAACACUCAUUUCUUCUCUCACAGUCCUGGAGGUCAGGACUUUUAAAGUCACGUGCUGGCAGGCCUGCAUUCCUUCCUGAGGCAUUCUCUGGGGACGGUCUGUUUCCCGGCCUUUCCCAGCUUCCGGAGGCCCCUUCCUCCAUCUUCACAGUCAGCAGCGCAGCCUCUUCAACCCUCUCUGUCUGCAUGCUAAACCCAGACCCAAGGGGCCUUUCCACUGGUGGUCAAGAGGCAGAGUUGUUUUGGUUUUUAUUUUUCCUUUUUUUUUUUUUGGUGGAUACAAAAGAGACUGAGCGCACACUUGCAUUUCCCGUACAGGGAGCCAGACCCUGGCAGCUUCAGUCUUCAGUGCUUUGUGCUAAUGUUUCCCUCCGCAGCCUUCUCUUUCCUUAGACGAGGUAGCUCUACACUCCUCCACUUGCUGCAGAAUUAAAGACACAACAACCACCACCAUCAUAUCUUCCCCACAGAAGCAAUAAGUCCUGUCAUUUCACUAAUCCCCCUCUCGCAGGGAUAACAAAGAAUGCAUUUACAUUCAUCACCAC